UGUGGCAGCUGUAACAAAAUCAUAAAUUAUUUAGCCUAUCAUCUUUUAUAGUACAGUACUAAAUAGCCUAAUUCUGAAGGACACCGAAUGAUGCCCAGUAUUUGCCAGCAGUGCGUAACAGAAACGUGACCGACCGCCCAAGCGGCUAACGAGCCAAUCAGUGGCGAAGAUGGAUCUUAGAAGUACAAUACAGUACUGUAGAGUACGGUAGGCCCAAAGACAAUAAAUUUUUCCAAAUUUUCUUUUAUCCUCUUCGCCACUAAUCAAUUAAGCUUGGGCGAUCGGUCACGUCUGUGUUACACACUGUUGGCAAGUACUGGGUAUGCACUGAUUCAUGACUGUAUCUGUACCUGCCCCAGAGUUGGACAAGUCUGGUCUUGGAAGAGCUUACACUCGGUGCCGUCACAACACUCUGGCAGAUUGUUCCAAGAGUUCACAAUUCCCACUCCGAAAUAGUUUGUCCGCACAGUUUUCUGGACUUGUCGCUUCUUAAUCCUUGAGAUUUGACCCCUUUUGAACCCUUUUUUGUUGUUUACAGACAUCAUAAUUCUUACCUGGAUCAGAAGUUUAUAAUAAAAUUAUUUUGAACUGUCAUAAAUUAUUGUAAUUAUGAUUGUUUAAUGAUAACCCAAUAUUGUAUAUUCUAGAAAUAUACUGAAUUUCUCGAUCAUACAUUUUUGUUUUGUUUUAUAAACAUUCAGCUUCUUAACCCAAGUUCUAUGAUGUGCAUUUCCAGUGGAGGUUAACAUCAACAGUACAAACACUGGCCACGAGCGGAAAACACUACCCUGUUAUUAGGGUGUAGAUACAGAUCUCUCAAGUAAGACCAGGACACACUCCACCUCGUCAAACAAAACAAAAACAAAAAGAGCUCAGCCAGCUGGGAGGUGUGUGACACAACUCUGCAGGAACGUAACCAUCUGCCAGACUGCACCUACACCAUGGUUACUGUGGCAGGACUGGACGGGGUGCUAGGUUACCUUGGCAUGCCACACCCCUGUGUCAAGCUCCACCUCCUCCUUACGCUUGGGUUGUUCGUUCUGGGUUUGGGAUCAGUUGAGAUAUCUACAAUGCUCCCCAUCCCUCUGUACAGCUGCUGGGGUGGCCUGACACCAAAUGAUUUUAAUAGAAU